CCGUGCUGAAGGAAGGCUGCUGACAGAGCAGCAGGGCAAGGGCUGAGCUCUACCCAGGGCAGGGAGUAUGGAACCCAGAGCAGGAACACUUAUGCCACCAUGGCAGGCGGCACACGUGUUCCUGCUGGAGGGAGGGCAAGGCUUGCUCUCCCAUAGAAGCAGAGCAUUGAUUCAACUGAACGAGAGUCUCCCCGCUGGGGAGAUGACAGAGUCUAUGCACCCCGCGUUCCGUCACCGUGCCGCGGUGCCACGCUUGUCCCCCCCUCGCCUCCCCGGCCCCCUUCAGCACGGCGAGCACCCCGCACCCGCCACAGCCCGCCCCGCCGCCCGCGGCUCCGCGCCUGCGCCAUGGGCAGAGGUCGGCGCUUCCCCUUCCGGCCGUGCCGCGGCUCUGUCAACAUGGCAGCGGCGCCGGGCGGGCGGCCGCGCUGCCUCCUCUGGGCGGCAGUGGUUGCACAUGUGGUGGCGUCAGGUGCGGGUUUUGUGGAGGAUCUAGAUGAGUCGUUUAAAGAAAACCGUAAAGAUGAUAUCUGGCUUGUAGAUUUUUAUGCACCUUGGUGUGGCCACUGUAAGAAACUGGAACCUGUGUGGAAUGAAGUGGGCAUAGAAAUGAGAAACAUGGGUUCUCCAGUAAAAGUUGGGAAGAUGGAUGCAACUUCCUUUUCUAGUAUUGCAUCUGAAUUUGGAGUGCGAGGCUAUCCAACAAUUAAGCUCUUGAAAGGAGACUUGGCAUACAACUACAGAGGACCAAGAACCAAAGAUGAUAUAAUUGAAUUUGCUAAUAGAGUGGCAGGACCUCUCAUCAGGCCACUUCCUAGCCAGCAUAUGUUUGAGCAUGUGCAAAAGAGACAUCGUGUACUUUUUGUGUAUGUUGGUGGUGAAUCUCCUUUAAAGGAAAAAUACAUUGAGGUUGCUUCAGAACUAAUAGUUUAUACAUACUUUUUUUCUGCCUCGGAAGAUGUGCUGCCUGAGUAUGUGACGUUGCCUGAAUUGCCUGCAGUUAUGGUCUUCAAAGAUGGAACUUACUUUGUUUAUGAUGAGUAUGAAGAUGGUGAUUUGUCAUCCUGGAUAAACAGAGAAAGAUUUCAAGGUUACCUUCAUGUCGAUGGCUUUACACUGUAUGAACUUGGAGAUACAGGAAAACUUGUGGCUAUUGCAGUCAUUGAUGAUAAAAACUCUUCAGUGGAGCAUACCAGAUUAAAGUCUAUUAUUCAGGAAGUUGCCAGAGAUUAUCGGGAUCACUUUCACAGGGAUUUCCAGUUUGGCCAUAUGGAUGGAAAUGAUUACAUUAAUAGUUUACUAAUGGAUGACUUGACAAUCCCUACUAUUGUUGUACUGAAUACCUCCAAUCAGCAAUAUUUUCUACCAGAUAGGAACAUUGAGAGCACAGAAGACAUGGUUCAAUUUAUUAACAAUAUCCUGGAUGGUACAGCUGAGGCACAGGGUGGUGACGGACUUCUGCAACGAAUCAAGAGAAUAAUCUAUGAUGCCAAGUCUACUAUAGUGUCUGUGUUCAAGAGUUCACCACUGCUGGGAUGCUUUCUCUUUGGGUUGCCCUUGGGGGUCAUCAGCAUCAUGUGUUAUGGAAUCUGCACAGCUGAUACAGAGGGAGAGGUAUUUGAGCAUGAGGGAGCCAAAAGAGAAAGUGGUGAUCGAGAGCUCACAGAUGAAGGCAGUGAGGAAGAACAAGAGGAGGAAAAGAAUGGAAAAUACACAGAACUUUCAGAUGGAGAGCUUAAACAGAAAGACAUUAUGGAAAAGAAAAAAGACUAACUUGUUUAGCAAGAGAAUUCUCUAGAAUUUCCAAAUAGACUUAUUUAUUGGCGGUUGUCAUUUAUCGGUUAUCUUCAUGAAAGAGGAUUGUUUUAUCUGCAUAAUGGUAGUUUUGACUUGCAUGUGUUCACAUUUUCUCAGAAAUUGACAGAAAAAAAAUGGAUGUUCUCUUAAUUGUCCUUAGUAGAUUAACAAAGAGCAAUUUAAACUGAAGAAAUUUUCAGGUACAGUCCUGUACCAUUUUUAUAAGAGUUUUGAAUUGUUCAUUUCCAGAACAGAGAUAAUGUUACUUGACCUUACUAUAUGUGAUGAACUGCUACUAAUACAGCCCGGAUAUGCACUGAUUCAUAUAAAAUUAAAGUUGAAAACAAGGAAAGGUUAGGAGAGCUGUAAAGUGUUUUAGAGCCUGAUAGCUGAAGACAACUUAAAAAUUUCCUAAGAAGUCACAUGUUCUACCUGUUGUACAUUAUUAUGGGAAAAGAAAAACAAAACCAAAACAACAAACUUCUCUAUUUCCUCAAAUUAAAUGUAAAAUUUUGGGAAUUGGAGGACUGUUCUACCAUGUAAUAAUAUAAUUAUUCACAGUCAAGAAUGUUUACUUGAUUUAGGAUGUGGGAAUUAUAUGCUAAGUGUUUAUUAGUGCUUUAGCAGCUAAAAAUAUUGGAAAAUUAUGUUAAAAACCUUUUAGAACAUCAUUGCCUGUUAGUUACUUUUUGUGAGUGGUUGCACACUUAUAGUGCAAGAGAUCUGUAAGAUUUCUGAAUCUGCAGCACAGUUUGAUAAAGGAAGACGUCAAUAUGAACACCUUC